GCCGCCGGCCGGGGGGCUGCGGCCGCCACCGCUGCCAUGGGGCUGCCCACGCUGGAGUUCAGCGACUCCUACUUGGACAGCCCGGAUUUCAGGGAGCGCCUCAAGUGUCACGAGAUCGAGCUGGAGAGGACGAACAAGUUCAUCAAGGAGCUGAUUAAGGACGGAAGCCUCCUCAUCGGGGCCCUGCGAAAUUUAUCCAUGGCAGUACAAAAAUUUUCACAGUCUUUACAAGAUUUUCAGUUUGAGUGUAUUGGAGAUGCUGAAACUGAUGAUGAAAUUAAUAUUGCCCAGUCAUUGAAGGAGUUUGCUCGGCUCCUGAUUGCUGUUGAAGAAGAGAGAAGACGACUGAUCCAGAAUGCUAAUGAUGUGCUAAUAGCACCGCUGGAGAAGUUUCGAAAAGAGCAAAUAGGAGCAGCAAAAGAUGGGAAGAAGAAGUUUGACAAGGAAAGUGAGAAAUACUACUCCAUCUUAGAGAAGCACUUAAAUUUGUCAGCCAAGAAAAAAGAAUCUCAUUUGCAAGAUGCAGAUACACAGAUUGACAGAGAACAUCAGAACUUUUAUGAAGCAUCAUUGGAAUAUGUUUUUAAAAUCCAAGAAGUACAAGAGAAAAAGAAAUUUGAAUUUGUAGAACCUCUCUUGGCCUUUCUUCAAGGAUUAUUUACAUUUUACCAUGAAGGAUAUGAACUGGCUCAGGAGUUUGCACCAUACAAGCAGCAACUGCAGUUCAAUUUGCAGAAUACUCGGAAUAACUUUGAAAGCACUAGGCAGGAAGUGGAGAGACUCAUGCAGAGAAUGAAAUCAGCCAACCAAGAUUACAGACCACCAAGCCAAUGGACAAUGGAAGGCUAUCUCUAUGUGCAGGAGAAACGACCUCUUGGAUUUACAUGGGUAAAACAUUACUGCACUUAUGACAAAGGAACAAAAACUUUUACAAUGAGUAUAGCUGAAACAAAAUCUGGUGGAAAAGUGAAUGGCCUUGUCACAAGCUCACCAGAAAUGUUCAAGCUAAAAUCUUGCAUCAGGAGAAAGACAGAUUCAAUUGACAAACGUUUCUGUUUCGAUAUCGAAGUAUUUGAAAGACCUGGAAUCAUCACACUACAAGCUUUUUCAGAAUCCAAUCGAAAACUUUGGCUAGAAGCUAUGGAUGGAAAGGAACCAAUCUACACACUACCAGCCAUUAUUAGCAAGAAGGAAGAAAUGUUCUUAAAUGAAGCGGGUUUCAACUUCGUGAGGAAAUGUAUUCAUGCUGUAGAAACAAGAGGUAUUACAAUCCUUGGGCUGUACAGAAUAGGUGGUGUAAAUUCCAAGGUGCAAAAACUGAUGAAUACCAUAUUUUCCCCUAAAUCACCUCCUGAUAUGGAUAUUGAUAUGGAAAUUUGGGACAAUAAGACAAUAACAAGUGGACUAAAAAACUACCUCAGGUGUCUUUCAGAACCACUGAUGACUUUCAAGCUGCACAAAGAUUUCAUUGUUGCUGUUAAGUCAGAUGAUCAGAACUACAGAGUUGAGGCAGUGCAUGCACUUGUGCAUAAAUUACCAGAGAAGAACAGAGAGAUGCUGGACAUCCUUAUUAAGCACUUGGUCAAGGUAUCAUUGCACAGUCAACAAAAUCUAAUGACUGUAUCCAACCUUGGUGUUAUCUUUGGACCAACUCUGAUGAGAGCACAAGAAGAAACCGUGGCUGCUAUGAUGAACAUUAAGUUUCAGAAUAUCGUCGUUGAAAUUCUGAUAGAGCAUUAUGAAAAGAUAUUUCACACUGCACCAGACCCCAAUAUUCCUCUUCCCCAGCCUCAGUCCCGAUCGAGUUCAAGAAGAACAAGAGCAAUUUGUCUCUCCACAGGCUCACGUAAACCCAGAGGAAGGUACACACCAUGUCUAGCAGACCCUGACAGUGACUCGUACAGCAGUAGCCCCGACAGCACUCCCAUGGGCAGCAUCGAAUCUCUGUCUUCUCACUCCUCCGAGCAGAACAGCACCACCAAGUGCACGCCCUCACAGCCAAGGGAGAAAUCAGGAGGGAUUCCAUGGAUUGCCUCUCCCGCUUCUUCUAAUGGCCAGAAAAGUUCAGGCCUGUGGACUACAAGUCCAGAAUCCUCAUCAAAGGAGGAUGCAACCAAAACAGAUGUGGAAUCAGAUUGCCAAAGUGUAGCUUCUGUCACUGGACCAGAAAAUGCCUCUCCACCGACAGACCUGACCAAAAAGAGUUCCUACAGUCUGUCUGGCUUGAAAAGGUCUUCAGCAUCUUCCCUUAGAUCAAUUCCAUCAGCUGAAGGUAACAAAAGCUGCAGUGGAUCUAUACAGAGCUUAUCUUCAACAGAUACCAAAGAUACACUAAAGGCUCCACCAAACCCUGACUUGCCUCCCAAAAUGUGCAGGAGAUUAAGAUUAGAUACGGCAUCCAGUAAUGGCUAUCAAAGACCAGGAUCUGUAGUGGCUGCAAGAGCGCAGUUGUUCGAAAGUGCUGGUUCACUUAAACAAAUUUCUUCAGGACGACAAGCAAAAGCCAUGUAUUCCUGUAAGGCUGAGCAUAGUCAUGAGCUGUCUUUCCCACAGGGGGCAAUAUUUUCCAAUGUGUAUCCAUCAGUGGAACCAGGCUGGUUAAAGGCAACUUAUGAAGGCAAAACAGGACUAGUUCCUGAGAAUUAUGUUGUCUUCCUCUAGUACUCUUUAGUGGACAGCAAUAUCUUCAUGGUAUCCAUGGUAACAAAUAAUAAGCACUAUGAUUUUUAUCUGACACAGAUAUGGGAUCAGCCCCUUAGCUGAGUGGUAGAUUUCCUUCAGAUGCUGCAGCUGCAGGUUACAGAGCUCCCUGCCAACGGAACAGAAUGUGAUGAAACAGUUAACAGUUUCUGUGCUGAGGAUGGUACUCUGUUUAAAUAACUUCCAUUGUUUGCAAAAGGUUGUUCUGUUCUUCUUUUAUGAGUAAGGAACUAGAGCAAUAAAAUAAUAAAAAAAUUGCUAUUUAGCUGCAGACUUUCAGGUCCAAGGAUGUUGUUCACAGAAAUGUGAAAUUUAGAGGCAGUGCACUCUAUGACAUUUCUUGUAAUCUAUGAUUUUUAAUAUGGAAAAUUGUGGACUUUUUCGUAAUGUAAGUACUCCUUCUAUUGUGAUCUGAAUUCUCCCUUAGAAAACUUGAUUCUAAAAUUGAUCCUCAUCAUUUCACAUAAGAAAUUACUUUGCUGUAAAUCAGAAGUUGGGACUUCUGUUAGUCAUUGAGUUACAAUAUGGUAUAGAAUUUGUACAGCUGAUAUCAGUUUAUACACUGCCUGCACAGUGAAUGCUCAUUCAAAAUGUGAUAUGUUUAAUGAAUGUUUCAUUCAAAUACUUAGUAGAUUUCUUUCCUGCUUUCUGUAUUAGCAGAGAUAAUAUUAACAACUUUGAUUUCUAUGAUAACCAUCAUCUGGAAGAUAUUCUCUCUGUGUCCCAGAACAUCUGUAGAAAACAAGGAGAUUCUGAAUCUGGACUGAUUGGUAGUCAUGUGAAGUGAGCAGUGAAAAACAGCAGUGUGUUUUGAAACCUGAGAUAAAUCAUAACUCAUUCUUUUUCCAUUGCAAGUAAGACAAAUAACCUGUGAACUAGCCAAUUUUAUAAGCUAUGAAUGCUAAAAGCUCCAUGUAGCAAUAAAACUACUUAGUGUUAUUUCUCCUGACUUCUGCUAAAAUAUUUGACAAAGAUUCUCUCCUUACUUUUCAAAGGUGUUGAAAAGACCUAUUGAUUGCUCCUGGUAGGACUGAAAAGGAAAAAUAAAUAAAUAUAUAAAACCAAGUCAAAGAAAACCCCAGAAACCAUAAGUAGCUUUCUCAAUCUGAGCAGUUUUCUUACACACCUUGAGGGAAAACAUGCACUGCUUACUUGGCUACUUACCAUUCCUGACUGAAAACUGAGACAUCUAACCUCCAUCUUAGUAUUUCUUCAACACCAGUGCUUCCAAAAGAAUUCACUGGCUCAUAGAACUAUAUAGGCUUAGUUUCAUAGAUCUCUCAAAGCUCAGUUCUUUCUUCAGUAGCAGAAAUCAACAUAUAAAUCAUCUGUUGAUUUCUAACUUGUACACUGCUUGAAGGAAGAGCUGCUGUUGGGGCUAAAAACAUCAGUAAUUUUUUACCUGCUGCUUUUUUCUUUCCAUAGCCUUUUUCUAAAUUGAAAAGUAAGAUUGAUUGCCAACACAAAGUAGCACAUCAGAACUUUCUUUACUUAUAUAUAGUGCAUGAAUUCUUCAGAGCAAUUGCUGGAUUUCAGGCUGGUGUCAGAAUCCUGCAGGAUCUUUCUCCUCACUAAUUCAAUUAUUGAGUGAUGAUCUGAGAAAAAGAGAGGCUCAAAGAACAUCCUUCCAAAUAUUUUUUUUUCAUAGGGGAGGUCUGAGCAAGACUGGCUGCAGGCAGCUGAGGACAGAACUUAUGCAUUAGUGACUGAGUGACCUGGGUUCUUUCUUCACCCUAAACAGUUUUAUUAAUCCCAAAUUGUGAUGAAGGGUUGUUCCAGAUGGCACUGGCAGUGAAGACAGACAUGUGUGUGCUCAUCUAAUUUGCUCAGGGCAGAUGUGAAAGGAAGUGAAGGUCUUUCCUCAGCCAGUUGAAUCUUUCUUCAUUUUAAGGCAAGCCAAGUUUUCUUAGUCUAAGCUAUGCCUGAGACUGCCAUUGCUCUGAGAAGACCAACAUGGUUUUGGUUGUGUUUUUGCUGUAUUUCACAAUCAAAAAACUGUAGGCUGCCAAAAGGAUUGCCUCUAGUGACCUUCCUUCCCAGGAAAAGUGCUGCUGCAGGCCAAAAGGAGCAGAAAGCAGAGGCUGGGAGCCCAGCACAUCUCACACAGGCAGAAAAAUGCAGUGGUCAGGGGAAAAAAAUCCUAGCUUGUGUCUCUUGCAUGGGGGUCAGUAGCAAACCUGUAUUGCACAUCCUUUGAUGACUCCUCAUACUUCUUAAGGGCAAUUUAAUUGUUGUGGAAUUCUUGAGGAAUUGUGAAAGAGAAAAUGUAAAAAAUGUUUGCUCUUACUUGCUUUGUUCUAGCCUGAUUUAAAAAUAAGUGGGAAAAAAACCCCUAAGCUUAGGUAAUUUCACAUCCCCUGUAUGUGUCUCACAAUUCUGCAGUACUGUGUUUUGAAAGCAGCUGAUCUGAGUGCAAGCUAGAGAAGUCAAAGAUGCCAAGUUCAUUAAAAAUUUUGUAAAACUGCCAAGUUCAGUUACAGAUUAAGCAAGUAGAGCCUGUGAGGGCUGAGGGGAAGGUUGUAGAAAAAUCUGGAGGCAUCUCUGUGGAGGAGAGGUGUUUCAUGUGUUCCCACGCAUUUGUCUCACAUUAGACCGAAAUUAGGAUUGGAGAAGACCAUAAGAAACUGGAUUCCAUUCAUGCUGCUCACAAAACAAAUCUGUGUUUUCCUCUCUAAUGCUCUGCAGCUUUGUCAGGCCCUUCUCCUGAACUAGCCAUAAAUAAUCUUUAAGUUAUUUAGCUUUAAAAUGGCAUUUCAAUCUGAAAAAGGUUAUGCCCAUUCUUACUUACAUGUAGCCACUCACUCUUCAGGAGCAGGGGUUUUCAUUUUUGGAACUCUAUGGUUUUUCCUGUACUCUCCUCUGCAGCAGGUAGUAGCACUUUCUGUAUGAUCUCACUGCUGGGUUGUGGGUGCCCCAGCCCAUCCCUGCCUUUAAGGAGGGAGUUUGUCUCUACAAGAAGCUGAACAGUGAACCAGAAAGCUGAGUAAGCAGGGAUGCAAAGACUGAAGUGGGGUAGGGGGCAGCACCAAAGCUUGUCUAAUGAUGAUACUCUCAGGCCUGACCAAAAAUCUUUUCUGACAAUAGCAAAGAAUCAGAAAUCCAUAUAACAUUUAAUGGAGAUAGAGUAUUUUGAUAAUGCCUUACUGAAAAAUUAGGCAAUCUGAAUUAAAUUAGCUCAUAAUAGUGAUUUACUAUUCUUCAUGGAAAUCAGACUCACUCUAUAAGCAAAGGUUAAACACUUUUUAAAAUUAUUAUUAUUAUUAUUAUUAUUUUUAUUAUUACUAUCCUUCCUAAAAGGAUGCAGCAGGUUUGUUCCAAAUAUCACUGUAGAACUCAAGGUAGAUGAUACAUUGUUGUUGUUGUUGUUUGUCUUGUAGAAAUAAUGUCUAUACCCACAACAUAUAAUUAGCCAUGUUUUUCUUUGUUAAACUUUUUGAUACAUGUUGCAGCACAACAUGAAUCAAAUUAAUAGUGUGAAGGAUAUAUUGUAUGAUAGAUAUGUAAAGUAUAUUAAUAUUCUAUAUUCACACCUUUUGUUAAUGAUGAUAAAGAUUACAUUUUUUGUGUGUAAUUUCUUUGAGUUCAGUAUUAAAAUGUCCUUGCCAUAUUUUGGCAUUUAGAGUUAUAUGUAACAAAACUGUUAAAUUAAACCAUCUUUAUCACUUAUGUCCCUAACUAAUCUAUAAUGUUCAUUGUACAAUUAUUUCUGGAAAAGAAAGAUGCACAGAUUUGCUGACCAGCAUUAUUCUAUGAUAGUAAUAGUAACUUAUUUUCCUUUUAUAUAUUUUCUGGUGCUAAUCUCUAUUCUUUGCCUGUAAUUGGAUUGAAUUGUAAUGUGCCUUUAGUAACGACAUGUUAGGAGAGGAAGAGCUGUAAAACUCUGCAGUUCAGAACAGUAAUUACAAAAAAAAAAAAGGCACUGAAUGGUAGUAAUUGGAUUUUUUUGUUGUUGUUGUUAACUUUUCUCCCCUGGACUAUUUUCUACUUAAUAAGAUUGCAUCAGAAUAAAUAAUGAAACUAAAAA